UUCUUCCUGUUCUUACGCGAGCCAAUGCUGACGUCCAGUUGAAGAACGGAAGUCCUCAACAAUCUGCUAAAAUGUUAGAAGAGCUGAACAAGAAGAAAUCGGAUGAUCCUAGAAUUCUUGCGCAGCUGAUCACUGCCUAUUCCCAGUUUGAUCCAGCGAAAGCUAAACCUUGCAGUAAGGACUUGCCGUCUGUUGAGAAGAUUGCUCUUACUCUGGACAUUGAUGUGGAUCAGCUCGAGCCCUCCUUCAGCACGCUUGGCCCCAAAUAUAUGAAGAGAGCAGACACAGCUCCAUUACCAGGGCUGCCAAAGAAGGAGAGUUCGAAUUGCAGAGAAAAGAGAAGGGACAAGAGCAAGGAAAUCGGUAAAGGUCCACAAGGUGCCAACAGUGGAAUUACUGACAGUCUGGAUGCCAGUAAGACCCCUGGAAGUGACCCAAACUCACCAAAACCCAGCACUGCAACCACAACUAGCCCCACAGCCUCAUCCUCUGUCCCAGCUGCUCAGGCCCCCCGCCAACAGAAACCAGCCCAAGCACAAAAACGGAAAAAUAAGGGGUCAAGGGAGGAAAAUGGUGAUUCUAAUCUUUAUCAAAAGAUUAAGAGAAUACAAAAAUGUGUCUGCUAA